CCACCAAACCACACGGCUUUAAAAACCUGGUGUCAGCUUUAGUCUUCAGUAUUAAGACAGCGAGCAUUUACUGUCUUGCUCUAUGGAUCUGGAGGACUCCAGGGUUCACGGUGGGGUGAUUGUCGGCCACAAGAUCCAUGAAGGAAAGCAUCAUUAUGAAGUGGAAAAGGUGAUGAAGCCCACGAAAACAAGUGGAGAAAAAAUAUUUGUCAGGAGGGGAGACAAACUGAUUCAGAUAAACGGCGUGGACCUGCGAGGUCUCCCACCUAAAGACUUGGCACAAAUGUUAGCUGAGGGGAAUCCAAUGCUGACUGUGCACAAGGCGAGCAAGACGAAGAUCAAGGAGCAGCCUCCCAGCAAUGGAGACAUAUUGUUUCCCUUCUUCAAGGAUUCCACUUCUCUCCAUUUCACCAUGGAGAUGAAGAGGGAGCGCGAGGAUGAGGCGCAGGAAGGAGAGGGAGGGGAGGAUGGGGCUGUAGAGGAGGAGAAGGAGCAGGAGGAGGAGGAGGUUUGUCCAACUGAAACUGAGGAGAAUGGGGAGAAGCAGGAAAUGUUCAUCGUUAGCCUGACGGAAACCAGAAUCUCAACGGUGACGGGGAGAGGCUGUAGUGACGGGGGCGUGUGUGAGGGAUGUCAGGGCAGAGGUUGCACCUUUCAUGAUGUUGUCAUGAUAUCAGAAUCCAGCAAAGUGACACUUGUUGCAAGAGGAGGCGGCAGUUUAAGAUGCGCCAGCGAGUUAAACGCUGCAAUCGAAAACGUGGCCACCUACCAGUACCUCCGAAAUGUGUAUGACGGGCAAUAUCUCUACCCUUCAUCAUCUCCAGAGAAGAUCACAAUCUACUAUUACAAGUCGUCUGCAAAUGAGUUCAGCGGAAUGCCAGUGGUCCUAAACUUCACUGACUCUGACCACUUUCUCAGGUGCAACAAGGACGGACAGAGGGUGUCUCUUCAGGUGGAGACAUGCUCAAAGCAGAUGCUGCAGCAUAUUUCCAUGAACGACAAGACCAAACUCGCUUAUGUCUUCUACAUGAAGUCGGACCCAUUGCACAAGAGGACGUUUGAGUCGGCGCUGCACAGCGGGUGGUUCAUUAAGAUCGUCAACACAGAAUCCACUAACGAUCGGGUAACGAUCGAUACUUUGGACGGAGCGACAGCCGAGAACACGUUCCUCUUUGUUAUUCAACCACAGUGAAAUUCGCUCAGGAAUUGUAUUUGGGAAUUGUGAUGUUAAACCAGUGGCGGUUUGUCAAUAGGGGGCGCUAUGUCAAAGUAUCAAAGACUCGCAUUGAUUUUAAAAUUACUUUUGCGAUAUAUAUAUAUUUGUUUUCUUACGAUAAAUUUACACGAACUCCCGUAGCAGUAGGGAUGUUUUCAGUUGCUUUUUCACCUUUUUUCAGAGUACAUAUUUACAUUUACAUCUACCGCUUUAUGCUCACCGUCAUAAAAACUCUCCACUGACGCUCCUCCCUCCCUGAGCCGGUGAGCUCUUUUUGCAUGAUUCUGUUUUUUUUAAUUCUCUCCAUUUGAAAAAAA